AACUUCACAAGUUCGUUUGAUUGUGAAAACAUGGAUCACUUCGUGAAGCAGAACAGUUAUUUCAAUUAAAACUUAUUGAUGGCAACGAUGACAAACAGUAUAAUUUGUUAGUUACGAAGACUGAAUAUGAACGUGCUGGUAGUGAUAUGUUGUAUGCAGCACAGCUGUUAGAAAAUUAUAAAACCAAAAACCAGGAAAAAGGAAGGCAUACUUCAACUUCAACCAAUUUGACAGCUCAAUCCACGUAUUCUGCACAUGCUUCAACUUCAAACAAUAAUAUAGUUGAACCAGUCGAUAGUAACGAUUGUGACAACGAAGAAAAUGUAGAAGAUACCGAAAACUUGGACUUGAGCAUGUGCAACAAAGAUUCUCGUUGUACGUGGGAUAAAAAUCAAACAAAGCUUCUUUUAUCUUUAUACAAAGAAUAUGAAUCAAAAUUACGUGAAGGAAAGAUAACGCAUAGGAAAUUUUGGAUAAUAAUCUCUAAUCAGUUGAAGUUGAAAGGUUAUACCUUUACUUCUAAUCAAUGUAAGUUCAAAUUAGACAGCUUGAAAAGAAAAUACAAGGUCAUUGUGGAUCACAAUUCAUAAAGUGGUAAUGAUAGGAAGACGUGUGAUGAG